AGAGGGGGAGAGACCGACAUCCUGCAGCAGAGGUUUCAUGAUGGCCGAGCUGAGCACAGUGUCUCUUCCCCCAACAUUGUUUUACCUAGAUUAUGAAGUGGAAUAUAAUAAGACUGGAUGCCUACUGUUUGAUGCACCACCAGGAGCCAUUGAUGGCAUCGCUUUGCUCAUCUGCCUGUUCGGGCUGGUGGGGAACGGGAUCGUGCUCUGGUUCCUCGGCUUCCACAUUAAGAGGAACCCCUUCACCGUCUACAUCCUCAACCUGGCCGUCUCCGACACUUUCUUCCUGCUCUGCUCGACUGCUUAUCUCAUAGUUUGUGUGGUGGAAUAUCCAUUUUGUGUGAAUGAUGUUUUUAUUUACGUAUUCUUGCUAUUUAACAUGCCUGCUCUGUUGAUGUACAGCACCAGCCUGUACCUCCUGACGGCCAUCAGCACUGAGAGGUGUCUCUCUGUCCUCUACCCGAUCUGGCACCGAUGCCGCCGGCCAAAACACUUGUCUGCCAUUGUCUGCACCCUGCUCUGGGCUCUCUCCAUGCUGUUCUCCUGUCCAGUGGGUGUUUUUUGUAUUGUUCUUUCAGGUGAACACUGUGUCAUAUCCUUCCUACCCAUGUGUUUUCUGAAUGUCCUGAUAUUCACUCCCAUCAUGGUUCUGUCCAGUCUGACCCUGUUCAUCAAGGUUCAACAUAGCUCACAGCGACGUCAGCCAGGAAAGCUCUAUGCUGUUAUCCUGCUCACCAUCCUCUUCUUCCUCCUCUUCACUGUCCCUCAGAGUGUCCAGAUCUUCCUCUUUUAUCAUAACAUAUUCGAUUCCAGUGAGAUAUUUCACAUGCUGGCCUCUGCAAGCAGCAGCAUCAACCCAUUUAUUUACUUUCUAGUCGGGAGCUAUGGGAAGCGGCGAUUCUGUGGCUCCAUCAAGGUCGCUCUCCAGAUGGUUUUUGAAGAGAAGACAGAUUCCAGAGAAGAUGGAAAGACCACCAGUGCAGAGCCAAUGGAGACGGUCACUUAAAUCCCUACAGCACCCAGCCUGGGAGACCCUGUUCUUAGGAUGGAGAUUCCCUAGAUCCCAGAAUCAAAGAACUUAGAAUGGGAAAGGACCUGGUAGGUCACUGGCUAAUUCUUCCCCACCCAGAGCAGAGUCCUUCCCUAGAGUGGAUCCCCAGGGUUAUGUGCAGUUGUAAAGAACAACAAUGGGUCACAUGGGCCCCAACCUGCUCCCAGUGGAAUCAGUUUGGAAAAUCCUGUUGACUUAAAUGGGAUCAGGAGCAGGUCCAUUAUGGUCUGAUUUGCUUUGUUCUAAAAAUGCCUCUGACACGUAAUUUCAGUUUUGGUGGCAAGUUUCCCGUAGUGUCACCUGGUGAAUGUUAUUGUCUCUUCUGUAAAGAAUUAGUGUCGUGGACACCUCACGCCCUCCCCACUUUCCCUGUAAAUAUGCUGCGUGAAAAUUCAAUGGCCUGGAGAAAUGGUGGUGGUGGGCGGGAGUUGGGGGGGGGGCGUAAAUAAUAGUAGCACCAAUGUAGGACUAUUCCUGUGUAACUCAUUCCCCAGCCAGUUCCCUGCGCAGAGACACUCCCAUGGAAGGUAGGGGAUCAUUCCAUGCAGCUCUGGACUCCCGCUGAUCCCAGUUGAUAUUUGAAUCAUUUACCUUUAUUCCAAUGCAAAUAAGACAAACUAACUAUCGACUAAUCAAAUUCAAACUCCUCUACUAAUAUUGCCAGGCACAUGUGAUCCAAAAUGACCUGGCUAACUGCCGGGUAUUCCUCUCUAACUCGUCUUCCUCGGUAUUCACCCCGGCUUUGACGAUUUGGGGAAUGUGUGACAAUCUGGGGAAUCGAUUUCCAGGUUAUGAAUUUGUUGUGAGAUGACCUCUCUGCAUGUAUCGGUAUCCGGCUGCAAACAUCAUUUUGAUUGUACACCUGUUUUAUUGCCUUCCUGCUGCCUCUUUACCUCCAUCUUGGACUAAAUUCUAAGGGUUGGUGGCCCUGGGAUGCUACCUGAGGUUGUCUAAUUUUGAUGGUCGUCCAUUCAAAUGGAAUCCCCUUCGGCAUGGAGAUGGUUGCUGCCCAAGGCACACCCAUGAUUCAAGUGUGACUUCUGUGGGGAGGUCACUAGCAAUAGAUCACCUGGUGAGGGACUGUAGUCUUCACCACCAGCUACACCUCUCCACCAGCUGUUUGGCUAGCCACUCACCAAUAUGUCUUCAGGCCUCUGCCUCUUAACACAGCUCUCAGCAGGUGAGCCUCAGUGCAGAUGUACUCAGAACUACUAGCCCAAAGUAGGCCUAACACUUAAACCUAGGUAUCAGUGAUUUCAGCUUUGCAGUAUAUAACAAGACUCCUAACAGGAUCAAAAUUAGCUCUAUUACCCAGUAGCAAGACACCCCAGUAUUAAUAUCUUUUAUCCUCCUCCCCCAUCAAUUCACCAGGCUUUGGAACCCAUGUCCCUUGCCUAGCAAGUGCUACUUAGUUGAAGGCAAGUCCCUCAGUCAUAAAAUGCCAAGUACAGUUCUACUGUCUUUGAUUCACCUAAUCAGGAAAACAACACUUCAUUACUCCUGCCCCAAUAACAACGAGACUGGAAAUCCCACAGCAGCCAACGUGACCAUUUGGGCAAGCAGUCCCAUCAUGCUAAGCAGGGUGGGUGAGCCCAUGCAAACGAGAUCGGCCCCUGAAGUCCUUUUCCACAGCUCACCACCAGAUGUCAGGGGAGGGCUCAUUCUGACUCUGCUUACAUAGAAAUGUCCCUGACAAGCAAUUUCAGUUUUGGUGGCAAAUUUCUCCUGGUGUCACCUGAUGGAUGUUGUCUCUUCUGCAACGAACUAUUGUCAGAGACUCCUAGCAGCUUCGUGAUUGUCCCUGUAAAUACGCUGAGUAAAAUGCAUUGGUCAGGAGAAAUGGUGGUGGCGGAAAUAACAAAACAACAGUGAUGCAGGAAUAUCCCUGUGUAACUCAUUCCUCAGCCAGAUCCCCUGUGCAGAGACACUCCCAUGGAAUGCUGUUGAUCAUUCCAUACAGCUCUGGCCACUCGCUAAUCCCAGCUGAUAUUUGAACCUUUCACCUCCACGCCGGUGGAAACAAUCCAAAAUUACUAGAAAGUAAUUAAUAAAUUAAAAUUCAUCUACUAAUAAUGCCUGGCACCUGUGCCCCCAAAUCACUUUGGUAAGUGCCUGGUGUGAGUCUGUCUAAUCCUUUUUCAUCUGUAUUCAUCAUGUUGUUACUCUGUGUGACUAUUUAGGGAAUCAGUUUACAACUUAUGAAUUCUGUGUGUGGUGAUGAACUUUCUGUAUGUCUGUUUAUCAAGCUAUGAACUCUAUUUUGGCUGUAAAGCUGGUCUUUGCCUCCCUGUUGUCUUCUCCAUCUUGGACUAAAAUUCCAAGGGCUGGUGGCCCAGGGUUACUAAUGAAAGGUUGUUUAAUUUUGAUGAUUGUCCAUUCAAACACAGAAUGCUUGGACACAGAGAUGGUUGCAGCCCGGGGCACACCAUUUUUCAAUUCUAAACUCCACAGUGGGAGGUAAUUAGCCAACAGAUCUCCCCGUGAGGGACUUUGAUCACCUUAUGAGGCUGAUCGGGGGUCACCUGACAAAGGGGUCAGAAGGUUAUAAAAGAGAGGGUUUCUCACUGGCCCUUUUGGGUGGGUGGAGAAGAGAGAGUGGAAGGAACUGAUUGCAGAGGAGAAAGAGAGACUUCCUGAUUUGGAGAUGCCAUUUACACAAGGGUGACCCGGGACACCCCAGAGGACUCUGAAUGGAGCCCAAAGCAUAAACCCAAGUGGCAAGGUGUGAUGCCCUGUAUCUCAGGGGAAUGCCCUACACCCCCAUGUUCAUCUUUAUAAAAUGAUUGUGUGGUAUCCAAUGCAAAGUUUGUUGUGUUGGGUGUCUUUGGAAGGCUCAUGAUGCACUGAGCAUGGUUGUUAUAGUGAUGUUAUAG